AUGUGCACCUCCUGUGUAGGGCUACCGCCGUCAAAUUGGGGCGGGACGCGACGCGUCGGGGUCAUUAAUCGAACGCGUCGGGCCAACACGAAUCCUCGACCCCCCGCCUUUUCCUUUUGCGUCCCCACAAAUACCGAACGUAAUCGAGAUCGCCCUGCCGACGACGCUAAAACGGGACUAGAACGCUGCCUUCGGGAUUAUCAGAUAAUUUCUGGCCAGUGGCCACAGUCCGACGUCGCUGCAGGGGUCCUUGCCGGGCGUCUACCCGCCUUCGUCGGAAAUACAAGCAAUUUUAGGGUUUAUCUGCCGCUGCGAGAUCUUGAUGGCGGCGGGUUGCUUGUCGACGCAGGGGGGCGCAUCGACCGCCACCGCCAUCUCGGGAUUACGACAGGUACACCCGCAUGUGCAGAGAACUCGCUGCUCGCUCAGUACGGGCUUCGACCAGGAAGAGGUAGCGCGGUAGCCAUUUCGAUGCACGGCAGGAGCGUUGCGCCGGGCUUCCCUGUCAUCAUGUCACUGCCCGGGGCUGCUUCGCGGGCCGCCGCGCGCGGCGAGCGGGUGUAUGGGCAUAUGACUGAUGGACAUACUUCCCGGUCGCUGGCUGCCCCGGUGCGGCGGCGGGACAGCAACCUCGUUUCAGCUGCGAACUCGCCGGAGGGGACGUCGCCUUCGUUCACACUGGCGGAUCGUGGAAGAGGGUGGCCCAUCCUCCUGAGCGUCAUCGCUGCACCUUCCGGACGCCGGUGCUAUUUGACGCGGUCAGACAAGCUUGAGGGAAUCCUGAUGCCAGAGCUCCUUUACGCCCUGUGGGAUGCUGCUAUUUCGACAUCUGCCGACGGGAGUCUAAUGCAUCGACUGCAGCUGUUGAAGUACCCCAUAGCAAGAGAAUCUUGGUAUACUGGGCCUUGUCUUCCCCACAACACUGUAGUCAUCCCCUUGUACAAGCACGCCUCCCUGAUAAGGCCCCUUUCGCGCGCGCACGUUCUCCGGUGGUCGACAUCCUCGAUCACAUUUAAUAAAGCCGGGCGCCGUCACUCCCGUCGGGCGUCGAGUCAAGUGCGUGCCGGGGUCCCUGCGCUGGUCGAAAGAAGAUUCCGCGGGUCGCACUACGCGUCGGGUGGGCCCGAGAAGCGCGCUUGCUAUGGUUUGGUCCCCAUACUUAUCGCUUUCCUAUGGAACGAGGGUCACAGCAUCGGCGGCUUCACAACCCAAGUCAAGAUGUUACCCCAGACUCGCCAAGUCUCGCUUAGUGACGUAGCUCCACAACUUCUCUCGGCUAAGUGUGCCUGGCGUCCACAACGGACGCCUCGACGCUCGAGUCGCGUGGAGGAGAAGGGCGCCGGUGUUAUGAUCUUCGAGGUCUGGGCAGCGAAAUCCCGGACUAUUCGUGUUCUCAAGUUUCUAGUGCUGGUUUCUUUUUCCACUGCGAACUAUGCACAGCGGUCCUGUAUUAGCUCUCUAUAUGACGGGGAGGAAGGACUUCAAGUACCCGCAACUAGGGUCGUGAACGUUCGGGUGAAGGUUUUGUUUGUACUCACCGGACUUCCCCUCGAGUACCUUCCUUCGACUGGCCCUCCCAUCGACUGGCCUCGCACUUGCGUCCGCGGGCAGCCGUGUUCGCCGUGCGCAGGAGGCGGGGCUCGACCGCGGCCUUUCCCCAGGUCGCUCAUUAAACGUGCAUCAAAAACCAAUCGGACAGUCGUCUAUUCGCGGCCGGUGGGAAUCCCCCGCCGGUUCUUCCAUUGGGACUACUGUAAUGCGGCUGUCGGGUUUUUGCCGGGUAAGCUCGCUACGACCGUCGAGAACGCACUCUGGGUAGUCUCAGAAGACACCCAUGGCCACACCUUUGCAGUCAUUGAUGCCCUGCUACUCAGAGAUACUCGGAGAAACUCACAAGCGAUAUGGGAUGAAGCCCUAUACACAGGGAGGUCGUUCGUGCUGGCCUGCGCUCCGUCUUGGAAGCCAGGUGUUAAGAGCGAGUUCCAAGUGGACGUGACUAUCACAUACCGUUUCCUCGUUCUCGCAUUCCGGAAGCUUGAGGGGUAUGGUCUCUCCUGUUUCAAUCCCCUCUUUGUAGCCAGUUCGCUCUUCCAGACUGGCGAUGAGCCGUGCAAUAUGCGUGCCAUUGCGGAGACCAAAAUCAGUCGUCCUCAGUUGGGACGCAAGAUGGCGGCCUCGAGAUGGUGCAUUCCUGUUGGAAUUCCGAGUCGACCUGGUGGCGCGCUGAUGGAAAGCGUACGACAUACGGACAUGACUUCGACAAACCCCUCCGGCGGUGUGGACUUGCCCAUUCAGCUUCAAGCAGUCUCAUGGACGAGCCUGAGCAAGUUGGCUAAAUAUAACGCAAGUGCUCGCUGUGAUUGUCGUUGCCAGCGACAUUUCCUGGGUCUUGAUGAACUGGUUAAUCUUGAGCCGCCUCAGGACCGGCGUGAUGUCGAUGGAGUACAGGCGCUGUCUCCUACCAAAGUAGGGGUUUGGCACAAGUGCAGGCCCCGAGGGGACUGUAUAAACAUGUUCGAAGGCAAUGGACUGGUCUGGAUUGAUGGAACCAGCCAACCACUCGGCCGCCCGACCUGGGUCCUUUCGGAGGAUAUCAAGGCAAUCAGCAGCGUAACGGUAGCGCACCCACGCACUUGGCGGUUUCUGACAUCACAACGAGACAUCAUCGAAUCUGCUUCCGUCCCACAUAUAACCGGAUGGUCGAUUAAUAUUAAACGCCGGAGAUAA